CAUUGUGCUACGGUCUAUCCACCCCCCUACCGCUGCUUGUGAUUGCCGUUCGCUCCAGCUGAGCUAAGAGUAGCAGCAGCACCAGGGCCAGGACUGACUCCAGCCCUUGGACUUAGGACAUCGCAGCACCUUCCCUCGCGUGCGUGACUCAUUGGCACAUCAUUUCUGUGUAUGCCUGGGGUGGGGAGAAAAAUCCCAAACCAGCUGCGUAAAUGAGUAUGGAAGAUUAUGAUUUCCUGUUCAAAAUUGUUUUAAUUGGCAACGCUGGUGUGGGGAAGACGUGCCUAGUUCGACGGUUCACUCAGGGUCUUUUCCCCCCAGGUCAAGGAGCGACAAUUGGAGUUGAUUUUAUGAUUAAGACAGUGGAGAUAAAUGGUGAAAAAGUAAAGCUACAGAUCUGGGACACGGCAGGUCAAGAGAGAUUUCGGUCCAUUACCCAGAGUUAUUACCGAAGUGCCAAUGCCUUGAUCCUUACCUAUGACAUUACCUGUGAAGAAUCCUUCCGUUGCCUUCCUGAGUGGCUCCGGGAAAUAGAACAAUAUGCCAGCAAUAAGGUCAUCACCGUGUUAGUAGGCAACAAGAUUGACCUGGCUGAGAGGAGAGAGGUCUCGCAGCAGAGAGCUGAGGAGUUCUCGGAAGCUCAGGACAUGUAUUACCUGGAGACCUCUGCCAAGGAGUCUGACAAUGUGGAGAAACUCUUCCUUGACUUAGCUUGUCGACUCAUCAGUGAAGCCAGACAGAACACACUUGUAAACAAUGUAUCCUCACCCUUACCCGGAGAAGGGAAAAGCAUCAGCUAUUUGACUUGUUGUAAUUUCAACUAAAGGCUGAAGCAGAAGGAAGCAAAAGGAAUCAGCAGCUGCACUGAUGGGCCACAAGUAGCUAGGGAGAUCUGGCGCUGACUGUGGCUCCCGCUCCUCCGACCUUCUGACUCCUGUGGGCUCCCGAGCUUACAAAGCAUGGCAGGCCAAGGGUCUUGUCCACAGCUCAGCAUUAGCAGAACAUAUAACGGUUAUACUCUUUCGCAGUCUGGAGUUGGAGCAAGGAGAAAAUUGCACUAGGAGCUCCAUGAUCUGCAGAGCAUGCUGCUUUUGAUUGUUUACAGAGCAAGUAAAAGCGCAUUCCUAAAUGCAGUCCUGGGGAACCCCACUGUAGGGAUCCCUCCUGCAUGUCUGUGGGUGCAUGCGGGGGGCUGUUCUUUAGGGAUGCAGUGGUAAGACUCUGGCGGCCUUGGGUUAUCUACCAGAGAAAACAGACCUGAGAAAGGCCAAGUACUGUCUCUUUGGUGCAUAUUGAUGGCCCCAUGGAGAUCUUGAAAAGUGUUAUUUCUUUUGCCCACAGGCACCUUCAAGAACUUUGAGAUGUAAAAAUGAAAUGAAACCUUUACCCAUGACCAACAGUAACAAUCAUUGUUUUAAUAAUAUAUACAAGUCCCAUGACUCAUUUUUGGUGCUAAUGAUUUCACAGACCAAACAUUUUAGUCCAUCAACGUCCUUAAAUGUAUUAAGAAAUAAAAAAAAGAAAAUGGGAGCAGUCCAUGAAUCUGUACUCUAAAAGUCUCACUCCUACCAUUCCUAGGGUAAAUUUGUUGGAGAAAGAGAAUACUUUUCCUUUCAUGUUUCCCUCUGAAUUUCUACCAUUUCAACUUCUAUUUCCUUUUCUUUCAUAUGCUUUGCAUCAAUGAAAAAGUUUGAAAAAUGGAAAAAAAUAUCACAAAUGUUCUCUGACCUUAUGGUAUCAGACAACAGGCCAGAUAUGACCAAAAUACUGUGGAAUAAGGGACGGAAGUGCAGAGUUCCAGUAGACAGAGCGUUUUCCUUGAGGGUAGGUCACAUCCCUUACUUCCUGGCACUGUCCAUCCGGGAUGAACCAAGGCCUAGGAUUUUGUAGAUGUUCUAAGUAUAAUAAGUGAGAAUAUCAAUAGAGGAAAAGUCUCACAAACAUUUUUGUAUUGUCUGUGAUAACCUUAGAAAGAUUGUGUGCGUGGAAUCCAGUUUUGCUGUCAUUUUUUAAUCUUCUACUUGUAUUAACGUUUCACCCAGUCCUGUGAGUGUAAAUUCUUUCCUAUUUCUCUUUUCUUCUCUAGUUCCUGGUCUCCUUUCUCCUUUCUUCCUCCCUCCCUACUCUCCUUCCUCACAUGCUUGUCUUACUGCAAAUCUCUGAUUCACGUAGAGGUACAGAUGCUUUACUCAGCCAGUUUUAAAAUGGGACUUACAAUGGAGAAUGUGCUGCUGACCAGGUAUUCCUGUGACUUGAGUGCCAUACUUUGAUGCCUUCCAAUUUGUUCACUGAUAUAAAUGCA